AUGUUUUUAUUGAAUGCAAGUUAUGGUAAAAAAAAUGGUACUUGGAGUUCUGGACAAUCAACAACACCGAUACAUCAAAAUCAAGGAUGGUCAAAACCGUCAUUAAGUAGAAAACAAUCUUUGGGCGAUGGUGAUUUACCACCACCCGGAGGUGGAAAACCCAGUUCUGGAAGAGUUAUUAGAAUCGUCAAUAAUUUAGAUCAUACAGUUCAGUGCCGAGUUUUAUUAAAUUUGAGAACGACACAACCUUUCGAAGAAGUUUUAGAAGAUUUAGGACAAGUAUUAAAAAUGAACGGAGCCAAACGUAUGUACACGGUAUCCGGACAGGAAGUGAGAAGUUUUUCUCAAUUACGAAAUGAAUUUGCCGACGUUGAUACAUUUUAUUUAGGUUCUGGACAUUAUAGACAAUAUGAAAGAGGAUUCAGUCCAAGAAGAUCUCGAUCUCGUGCUGCUUUAUCUGAUGAAUUACGAGAACCUCAUAGCAGGAGCGUAUCUAGGAGUCGAAGCAAAAGUCAACCUCGUGCAAUUUACGAUUCCGAAACGAUUCGGGGAAACGUUAUGAAGGAAGAUCCGAUUCGCGUGACCAUAAGAGGCAUGAAAAGAACUUUUUAUCCUCCUAUUCAUCACGCUCCUCAGGAUAAUACACCACCCGACAAAAGACUAUCAUUAAGUUGGGUAUUUGGAUAUAGAGGAGUCGACAGUAGAAAAAAUUUAUGGGUGCUUCCAUCGGGAGAAUUACUUUAUUUUGUUGCUGCUGUAGCUGUUCUCUACGACAGAGAUGAAGAUAGUCAAAGACAUUAUGUCGGUCACACAGAAGACAUACAAUGUAUGGAACUUCAUCCUUCACGGGAAAUGGUUGCUUCUGGACAAAGAGGUGGUAAAAAUAGAAAAACUCAGGCUCAUAUACGUAUCUGGAGCACAGAAACUUUACUUACCUUAUACGUUUUUGGAAUGGGAGAAUUCGAUGUGGGAGUUUCUGCCGUUUCCUUUUCACAAUUAAACGGUGGUAGCUACGUUCUAGCAGUAGAUGCUGGAAGAGAAAGGAUUAUGUCGGUGUGGCAGUGGCAAUGGGGUCAUCUUUUGGGAAAAGUUGCAACUUUACAAGAUGAGCUCACCGGUGCAGUUUUUCAUCCCUUAGACGAUAAUUUACUCAUAACUCACGGAAAGGGUAAUUUGACAUUUUGGAUAAGAAGAAAAGAUGGUUUUUUUGAAAGAACGGAUAUAAUCAAACCCCCAUCUCGAACAAACGUAACAAGCGUACAAUUUGAACAAGAUGGUGACGUUGUUACGGCGGAUUCAGAUGGUUUUAUAACAAUAUAUUCCGUCGAUGCUGACGGUGCUUAUUUUGCUCAUAACAAAGGAAUAGGAUCGCUAAUAAUGUUAUCCGAAGGAACUCUUCUUUCCGGUGGUGAAAAAGAUAGAAGAAUCAUAGCAUGGGAUUCGUUACAAAAUUAUAAAAAAGUAACGGAAGCCAAGGUAGCCAACCUUAACCGAGUUAGAAGUAUUUAUCCGCAAAGACCUGGAAGAAACGAUGGUAACAUAUAUAUAGGAACAACUAAAAAUAAUAUUUUAGAAGGUUCACUACAAAGAAGGUUUAAUCAGGUGGUAUUCGGUCAUGGAAGGCAAUUAUGGGGUCUUGCCGUACAUCCAGACGACGAACUUUUUGCCACAGCCGGCCACGAUAAAAACAUAGCACUAUGGAGGCGUAAUAAACUCAUAUGGACGAUUCAGGUUCAAUAUGAAUGCGUGUCUUUGAGUUUUCAUCCGUUCGGUUCUGCUCUCGCCACGGGAAGCACGGAAGGUCAUUUAAUUAUAUUAAACGCUGAAAAUGGAACUUUGAUUACAACCGUUCGUGUUUGUGGGUCUCCUUUAACUUGCGUAUCCUACAGUCCGAGUGGAGAUACAAUCGGUAUAGGAUCACAAAAUGGUACCAUAUAUUUAUUUAGAGUGAGCAGAGAUGGUUUUUCUUAUAAAAAACAAAAUAAAAUCCGAGGGAAUCAACCGAUAAUACAAUUAGACUGGAGUUCCGAUGGAAAUUAUUUACAAACCACAACAUCCGAUUACGAUUUACUUUAUUGGGAUACGAAAGCUUUGAUAGCAGAAAAAAGUCCGAUAACAAUGAAAGAUGUUAAAUGGUAUACGCAAACGUGCACGACCGGUUAUACAGUUUCUGGUAUUUGGAACAACAGGUACUACCCGAUGGCAUCAUUGAUAAUUACAUUGAAUCGAAGUUCAGCUCAUGAUUUAUUAGUUACCGGUGAUGCAGAUGGAUAUUUGAGACUUUUCAGGUAUCCUUGUUUGAGUCCGAAAGCCGAAUAUACAGAAGAAAAAGUUUACAGUCUUCAAGUUGGUUGUGCGAGAUUUUUAUUCAAUGAUAAAAAUGUUGUCACUGUCGGAGGAACGGAUGCUGCUUUAAUGUUAUGGGAUGUUAUAGAUGAAUAA